AUGCACCCCUUCGGGCCGGCCCCUCCGUGCCGGGACCCGCGGGACUCGGGGGGAUGCUCGGCUCCCUUCCCGCAGCCUCCCGCAGCCAACCCGUACCUGUGGCCGGCCGGCCCCGCCGCUCCGAGCCUGCCCUCGGGGGCCGUGCUGGCCGCGGGCACGGAGCGGGGGUGGCCGGGGAUGUCACCGCUGUCGCCAGCCCGGCCGCCCUACUCGUACUCGGCGCUGAUCGCCAUGGCCAUCCACUGCUCGCCCGGCCGGCGCCGCACGCUCAGCCAGAUCUACCAGUUCGUGGCCGACAAUUUCCCCUUCUACCGGCGCGCCAGGGCGGGCUGGCAGAACUCCAUCCGCCACAACCUGUCCCUCAACGAGUGCUUCAGGAAGGUGCCGAGGGGCGAGGACGAGCCGGGCAAAGGCAGCUACUGGACGCUGGACCCCAACUGCGAGAAGAUGUUCGACAACGGGAAUUUCAGGAGGAGGAGGAAGCGGCGAGCGGAGGCGGCCGGAGCGGGGCAGGGAGCCGGGGACAGCGGUGGCGAUCAGCGGGUGGCACGGCCACCUCCGCCCGAGGCCACCGUCACCGGCUUCACCCCCAGCUGAGCCAGAGAGGGCUGGUUUUGUACGGCAGAAAUGCCUUUCAAGGAAGAAGACAUUCCAAUAACCUCUGUUUCCUUUUCCAAGAGAGUGGGAUCCUGCCCGAGGGUCCAGGCUGCCUCUGCAGUGGGAAAUCCAUUUGAUUGAGCAUCAAUUGGCCAUGGGAAGGAUGGAGGGAUGGAGAAACUCCUGCCUGGCAGAGCUGGACCUUGCCAAGACCUCAGAGCUGGGCAAGAAAUGAUUUCACUGAACCCACUUUUCCUUCUGCUCCAGGAUACAAAGCUCCAGAUCCCACUGCAGGGGCUGAAUUCCUGAUUUUCCCCUUGGGAUCAUUUCCCCUGGGAGCAAAUGGCACUGCAGGACCUGGGAAUGCAGGAGAACAGAAGCCCAGGAGGUGCAGGGGCUGCAGACUCCCCCAGAGUGGUUUGUGUUGGCUCACCUGGACCCUGGGCCAGGGAAAUCCGUGGAUAACUCCGAGUAAGGAUCACACCCCACUCCAGAACUUUUUCCAGGGACAGUUUUAGGUGAUUCACUGUGUACAUGGAGGCCCCUGUUUGUAUUUCUCUGUGCUUCUCUUGUGCUCUGAUUCUAUUUUUGUGUACGGGAAAGAAAAAGAGAAUUUUAUUUUUUUUUUUAAUAAAUCAUUGCAAUCCCUGGGAGCAAAAGCAGUGCCUGAAGGAAGAGCUGUGCAGGUAAUGAGGCUCUGGGCUAAUUACAGCUGCAGGAUUUGGUGGGAAGGGUGGUGGGAUGGCUGGGAUGCUCUGGGAUUGCACCACAUUCCCUUGGAAACCCAGAAAUAAUUGGUUUGUCCAGGAAUGAAUUUGCCUGGGAAUGAAAUCAGGAGCUGGGAUGAGGCUCCAGAGGAAUCAUUCCAGACUGGGAGAAGGGCUGAGGGGCAGCUGGAGCUGUGGGUGCACCCUGUGACCCCUCCUGCCCUGGUUUGUCGCUGGUUCUCUGUGUCUGUGGGAGCUCUGUGUGUCCUGGAAAUACCAGAAAUGCAGAGGUGGGAUUGGUUUCUGUGCAGGGCCAGGAGCUGGGAUCAAUGAUGCUGAUGGGUCCCUCCCAGAUGAGGAUAUUCUGUGAUUCCAUCCUGCAAUUCCAGCUGGAAUUUACAGCAAUUUGUGCUGUAAGGAACUGUGUAACAUCGAGGCAGCAGCAUUUUCACCAUUCCUCCUCAAUAAACUAAACAGGAUUGAAAAGGUUUCACUGUUUGUGGGAGUACCCAAAAAAGCAAAAAAUCCACUUUUCCUUUCAGCCAGGAUGCACUGGAGA